AUGUCCACUGCUACAAAUAAACAAUUCCACAACUAUGGAGAUGAUGAGAAGCGCAACAUCAGUUUUACCUCAAAAGGGUUUGCCAGCGGCCGCUUUGAUGGCCUCAUUGUGGUAGAUGGUUCGAUGGAGAUAGGCCAUGGUGGUGAACUCACAAGCGAGUCUGCAGGUGGAAAGACUUUUCUGCCAAUGCUACCUGCCCAUGAGGCACCCACUGAUCAAGGUGAUGGGCUAGAUGGGAUGGUGGAUGAUGGUGGAGCCUCAAUGACUCCCAGAGAAAAACCCCGUCCCCUUACUAUGGAUAAAGUGGGCAAUUCUGGCGCACCCUACGACGGCGUCUCUCCACAUCCACAGAGUCCACCUCAAAUCUCAGUUGACCACGCCGGUGCGACACAGAAGGAGUGGCUGGUCAAAAAGAUUCUGAAUUUCUGA